AUGCGAAAAAGAACAAUUAGAAUAAAUUUAGAAAAUAUUUUAACACUUCAAGCUGACCGUCACAUUCCAUCCAAAUGUCCUUUCAUUUGUGCUCUCUACCCAAUUUUUUAUGAUGAUGAAGGUCAAAGGUUUGCUUUUGAUAGUUUCGUGGGACGACUAUUAGACAUGGGAGCUUUGCCGCUUUUAAAUACUCCCACGAUACCUCAACAAACAGCAUCACAUUCAUAA